CCGGGUUCCGCCGGUAACACCCGUUGCCCCGGUUCUCCGGUGAGUCACUGUCCUAAUAAAUCUAGCAGCCAGGAAACCAUCGGCAGGAGGGCGGCCCCAGUUGCACGAACGCACGCACCCACCCAACGCACCCACCCAACGCACGCGCGCGGGUGAAAUCUAGGACGGAAUCCGUUCCAGUCCCCGUCGAUCACGCCCCGAGAGGCGGAAGAGCUUUCGUGGCGAGGAAUCCGCCGGAGGCUCCCCGAUUUGCAUGUCCGGGGCUCGCUGGAAUCGGAAUGCACUGGUGCCCCGGAAUCGGGCCGCGGGUGCGCUCCUUCCUGCGUGACUACGACGCGCUCCAGUCCCUCGCCCUCGCCCUCAUAUACCUCCAGAUUGGUUGUGCGCUGAUUGGAUCGCUUGGUGCGCUGUUCAAUGGGGUUCUUGUGAUAAACCUUGUGAUAGGGCUAUUUGCUGUUGUUGCGAUUGAAAGUAGUAGCCAAAGACUUGGCCGGACUUAUGCUGUCCUGCUCUUCUUUGCUAUCGUCCUUGACGUUGCAUGGUUUAUACUCUUCUCACAUGCUAUAUGGAAUAGUACCCCUGAUGAGAAGUAUGGUCAACUUUUUGUCUUCUCACUCAGACUUGCAUUGUUGAUGCAAACUAUUGGGUUUUCAGUGAGGUUUUUGUCUUCAUUUAUAUGGAUCCAGAUGUACAGGUUAGGGGUCUCAUCAAGCACGCCAACAUAUUAUGAAGCAAAUGAUGCAAGAAAUAGUUUCUUGAGCCCCAGAUCUAAUUCAGUUAGACGGGGUUCAAUGGCUGAUGAUAUAUUGGGUGGUUCAAUUUACGAUCCUUCUUACUACUCUUCUCUCUUCGAAGAUGUUCGAAAUAAUGCAUGCAAUCAUCAGGGUGAUAAACAAAGUGGUAGUAAUGAUAGCGGGUCAACAUCUGCAGGCCAAUCUCCACGGCUUAAAUCUUUUGGUAGUAGAUCUUUUCUUUCUAAUGAUGUGGAGGCUGGACUAAGAAAGCCGCUGAACUCAUGCUCAGUGGAGACAAGUUGAAGAUGGAACUUAUUUUUUGCCAACCUGACUACCCGAGCACUCUUUGUUUGGUCCUCCUUGAGCCAGUAACUCUUGUUGAUUUAACAUAGAGAUUUGUACAGUGCAAAUGUUCAUGCCUCGGAACAGCGGCUCCCCAGUAAAACAAGAGCAGCAAGAUAGUACAACGAUGAUGGACUGUGUUGCUACGCAAUUCUUGAGCUUGUGCAAGAGUUUCGGUGCCAAUCUGGCAGCUCGUUUUUGCCUGGAGUACACUUUGAGUUGGAUUGUUUCACAGGGGCAGACGCUGACUAGUUGGCAACAUGUGGAAUACUGGUAGUACUUUGCUGCCUAGUAUGGUCCAUUUUCCAGACACGUGUAUGGCCUGUUUCUCCUCUUGGUUGUCACGGAAAUGAGGCUGAUAGUUGCCUCCUCCGCUAUAGUUAAAUCGGCCAUUCCGAACCGGAUCGUUCGGUUGGUGUUGUCAACAUCACUCACUUUUUUGACAAUGCACAUCUUUGGAGCAA